ACCCUCCAGGGCGGGCGCCGGCCACGGCCGCGGUCCCGACAGGGCCACCUGCCCGUGCGCGCGCGGAGCGACGCCCCCGCGCGGCGAACGACCGCCCGCCGGAUGCGGGCCGGACGCAGGGGGAGCGCCGGGACUCGCACGAGUUGCCAUGGGAGUGCGAGGCCGGCCGUCUCCUCCCACCACGUGCGCGAGGCCGGCCCGGCCUUCCCUCCCCUGACAAUGGGCGUCCCUGCAGGGGUUCUCCCUUUAGGCUACUUGAGCCCCUCCUCCCCCUCCCCCGCCUCCGCUCGGCCUCCGCGAAGCUCGGCGGGGGCGUGUGUGCGCUCCCGGAGGAGUCGCCCUCGCGGCGGCGGCGGCCAGAGGCAAGUGCCCCGGAGCCGCAAACUCGCAGUGAGUUCCCGGGCUCUGGGCGCGCGCGCUCCGGCCUCUGGCGCCUCGGGCCCCCGAGCGGGCUCGGGCGGGCAGGCCCCGGCGGCGGGGCGGCGGGGCCGAGCGCGGCCGCCGGCGGGACCCCUCUCCGGACGCGGGGCGGGCUUCGGCGGUCCGGUCCCGGGCGCCGGCGUGAGGAUGGCGGCGGCCGGCUCCGGGCCGCACCUGGGCUCGCCCACGCUGGCCGCCCCGGACGCGCGGCCGGCCUCGGCGCCCCCGGCCCCCGUGCGAUGCGGCGGGACCCGGGGCCUGCUCCUGGGCCGGGACGGCUACGCGUCGGUGCCAGCCGCCCAGGCCGCCCCUCUGCAGGUGGACGUGGCCGUGGCCCUGCCGCGCGGGAGGAGUUCCGAGAAGUACGGCCGCAGCUACCUCUGCCUCCUGCAGGCGGUCUUCGUCGCAGAAACUGAGCUGCUUCUCUGUGCAAAGGACAUCAGUCAUUUUUUAAUGCAAGAUAUUGCCUUCUUGUCUGGUGGCCGGGGAAAGGAAAAUGAUUGGAUCAUUACUUUCCCAGAAAAUUGUAAUUUCAGAUGUAUACCAGAAGAAGUGAUAGCAAAAGUGCUGACUUACUUGACAUCUAUUGCCAGGCAAAAUGGAUCUGACUCUCGGUUUACCAUUAUACUUGAUCGAAGACUGGAUACAUGGUCUUCCCUCAAAAUUUCUCUCCAGAAAAUCUCAGUUUCUUUUCCUGGGAACUUGCACUUGGUUUUGGUUCUGCGUCCUACCAGUUUUCUUCAACGAACUUUCACAGACAUUGGAUUUCGAUUUAGCCAGGAAGACUUCAUGCUCAAAUUACCAGUGGUUAUGCUGAGCUCAGUUAGUGAUUUGCUGACAUACAUUGAUGACAAGCAAUUAACCCCUGAGUUAGGCGGCACCUUGCAGUACUGCCACAGUGAAUGGAUCAUCUUCAGAAAUGCUAUAGAAAAUUUUGCUCUCACAGUGAAAGAAAUGGCUCAGAUGUUACAGUCCUUUGGAACUGAACUGGCAGAAACAGAACUACCAGAUGACAUUCCUUCAAUAGAAGAAAUCCUUGCAGUUCGUGCUGAAAGGUAUCACAUGUUAAAGAACGAUAUUACAGCAGUAACCAAAGAGGGGAAAAUCCUCCUCACAAGUCUGGAAGUGCCCAGCACCGAAGACCCUGUCGGUUCAAGGCUCGAACACCGUCACCACGUGAAUGGGGACUGGCAGACUGUUAACAAGUUGCUGACUCAAGUACAUGAUAUGGAGAUAGCUUUUGAUGGAUUUUGGGAGAAACACCAACUAAAAAUGCAGCAGUAUUUGCAACUAUGGAAGUUCGAGCAGGAUUUUCAAGAGCUUGUGAGUGAAGUUGAACUUAUGUUGAACCAGCAAGCAGAGUUGGCAGAUGUAACAGGGAACAUAGGUCAAGUAAAACAAAAAAUAAAGAAAUUGGAAAACUUAGAUGAAAAUUCUCAGGAUCUGUUAGCGAAGGCCCGCUUUGUGAUACUACACGGACACAGACUUGCUGCAAAUCACCAUUAUGCCCUUGAUUUGAUCUGCCAGAGGUGCAACGAGCUCCGGUACCUCUCUGAUAUUUUGGUUAAAGAGAUCAAAGCCAAAAGGAUACAGCUCAGCAAGAUCUUCAAAAUGCAUAAGCUCCUACAGCAGGCUCGCCAGUGCUGUGAUGAAGGAGAAUGCCUUCUAGCUAACCAGGAAAUUGAUAAGUUUCAAUCUAAAGAAGAUGCUCAGAAAGCCCUCCGAGACAUCGAGAAUUUUCUUGAGAUGGCUUUGCCCUUUAUAAAUUAUGACCCCGAUACCCUACAGUAUGAAUUUGAUGUAAUUUUAUCUCCUGAACUCAAGGUUCAAAUGCAGACCGUCCAACUCAAGCUCGAACACAUCCGAAGUGCAUUUGAGAACCAACAAGCCGGUUUUAGGAACCUGACAGACAAGAACGUGAAGCCAGUUGAGUUUGUGGUACCUGCUUCUGACAAUCUGAUGAGAUCUAGAGCGUCGUUCUCACCUAAACAUGUGGGAGUUGGAUACUCUUUCUUUCAAGCAUGUAAACUUUUUUCCAAAGGAAAGAAGACUUGGAGACAAAAUCAGAGCAACUUAAAAAUUGAAGUGGUGCAUGAUGGUCGGGAGAAGAGUUCUGAUCAAUCCUCCAGUUUGGACAAUGACAAUACCUUGGAUGUUUUACAGAACCACGUCCUGAAUGAACUGAUACAGACAGAGAGGGUGUAUGUCCGCGAGCUGUUUACUGUUCUGUUGGGCUAUAGAGCGGAGAUGGAUAAUCCUGAGAUGUUUGAUCUUAUGCCGCCUCUCCUGAGAAAUAAAAAGGACGUUCUCUUUGGAAAUAUGGCCGAAAUAUAUGAAUUCCAUAACAACAUUUUCUUGAACAGUCUGGAAAAUUGUGUUGACGCUCCAGAAAGAGUGGGACCUUGUUUCCUGGAAAGGAAAGAUGAUUUUCAGAUGUAUGCAAAAUACUGUCAGAACAAACCCAGAUCAGAGGCAAUUUGGAAGAAGUAUUCAGAAUGCGCCUUUUUCCAGGAAUGUCAAAGAAAACUAAAACACAGACUUGGUCUGGAUUCCUAUUUACUCAAACCUGUGCAACGAAUCACUAAGUAUCAGUUACUGUUAAAGGAGCUGCUAAAAUAUAGCAAAGGCUGCCGAGGGUUUGAACAGUUAAAGGAGGCACUGGACACGAUGCUGGAUUUACUAAAGUCAGUUAAUGACUCUAUGCAUCAGAUUGCAAUAAAUGGCUAUAUUGGAAACUUAAAUGAACUGGGCAAGAUGAUCAUGCAGGGCGCAUUCAGUGUUUGGACUGGACACAAGAAAGGCGCUACAAAAAUGAAGGAUUUUGCUAGAUUCAAACCAAUGCAGCGGCAUCUCUUCUUGUAUGAAAAAGCCAUCGUUUUUUGUAAGAGGCGUGUUGAAAGUGGAGAAGGCUCUGAUAGAUACCCGUCAUACAGUUUUAAGCACUGUUUGAAAAUGGAUGAAGUCGGCAUCACCGAGUAUGUAAAAGGAGAUAACCGCAAGUUUGAAAUCUGGUAUGCUGGCAAGGAAGAAGUUUAUAUUGUCCAGGCUCCGAACGUAGACGUGAAGAUGACAUGGUUAAAAGAAAUCAGAAAUAUUUUGCUGAAGCAACAGGAACUUAUGACAGUUAAAAAACGAAAGCAACAUAAUCCAUUAACAGACCUGGAUCACCUUUCUUCUCAGCGGAAUGAUGAGAAUCCUAAAAGAAGGCAACACGGAUCUUUUCUGGGCACUGAGGAGCCCGUCCCGGAACCCAGUGGUGCUCUGGCAGAGGUCCAGGAGGCGGUCCCAUUGGUUCGGGCUGAAGCUAACACGGGUUGGACCCAGAUGUCUACACCUGCAGAAAUCUCUGAAGACCCCGAGGAAUGGCCGAGCAACUAUUUCUACGCUUCUUACGAUGACAAUGAAGAAGUAAGGCCCCUAAUGUCUCCAGGCAAAUACAAAGCCCUAGCAGACUGUAGGAAGAGGGGCCCAGAAGAUCUCCUGAUUAGAAAUGGAGAUGUCAUUCAAUUUCUCCAUGAAGACGUUGAAGGUCAAUGGUUGGUGAAAAAUCUGAACAGAAGAAAAGAAGGUCUGAUUCCAGGGAACACUGCGCAGGUCUUAAUUGGUGACUAUAGGUUUCGGAAUGCCAAAGUUCCAGGUCUCCAAGAUUCAAAACUGAAAACACCAAGUGUAUUCAUCUAACUUCCAUAUAAUAUAGGAAGACUUGGUAGGUUUUCCCUAACUUGUAUCAUCAUUUUAAAUUCGAAAUCAUCAUUUUAAAGCCAGACGUCCUCCUACUUAAUUCAGGACAAAAUUAAUUACAUUUUAGCUAACUGUAAUGCAGGGCAUGUAAAAUUACAUAUUUGAUUAGUUUUAAUUUGAAACGAUUCCAUUACUGUAACCAGUGACGGCAGACGGAGUGUGUAGCGCUACCUUUUGAAAAGUGUGUGGCAAAACAGCAACUUAAAUCGGCUUUGGGCCCCUGCUUCUGUUUCAGGCGGUAAAGAGUUUGUGUUAACAUAUAUCCACGUUAGUUGGCAAAAAAAAGCACAUUCUUCUUCUGUAGCCAUUUUUAUUUUCAAGAUCCAUUUCUUUCUUGCAGUGCCAUCGGGAGGGCAGAAGCGUAAUGUAUUGCUAGAUCAUCAGCACUGAAAGCAGUCAUUACUCUCAGCGUGGCAGUGUGACUAGAUCAAGGGACUAAGUUUCCCUUGGCCCCUGUUCUCUAGAAAGUUCUGACUUCAGAUCUUUUAGAAGUAUACAGUCCUUUCAAAUAACAUGCACUUCUGACUUCAGCUGAUUGAGAAAUUCAUGCUUAUUGAUAGAUUUCUGUUGAAUGCUAUAAUAUCAAGUGGUUUUGAUCGAGAUCUUGCCCAUUACAUGGCAUCAAGCAAAAUGGUACACUGUGGCCUACAAAAUUGUGUGCCAAUUUGUGGAUUAGGAGAUUACAGUUGACCGCAUGUGCACCUGUCAGAAGCGUUUAGGUUUCAAAAUAGACAUUAGGCUAUCUUAUUUGAAAUCUGGCAAAUACAGUGUAAAAGUCUCUGAUACUUAUGUCCUUACCGUGUCUCCUGUUCUCUAGACCACACAGCAUAAUUCAUAUAAUAUUUAUGAAUUCCAGUUGCAGGAGAUGUGAAUUCUGUUUCUUUUUGCUUCCAGUGAAGCUGUGCCAUUCAUAAAAUAGAGGCCUUUAAGAAAUGAUUUUGGAACAGAAUGACAGCUUUCGUAGUCAACCAACCAAAAGCCAUCACCUUUGAAUUCAGAUGAACCUUUCGAAUCCUCCCAUUCAGUGUUAGAAGCCCUAGCACCGGCAGUCUGGGUCUCCAUAGUCUCUCGAGUAUUAACAUCAUUCUUCGUUAUUUUGUAGAUGCUGCUCUGAGUAACACAAGGAAACUCAGUUCCCCUUGAAUUAAAGGAGAAUGAAUAGACUUUUAAAAAUAAGAUUUCCUUUGGAGGUGUGAACUAGAUUCUAUUUCUUAAAAGCGUUACAGGCAAACAGCACAAGAGUCAGGAUGAUCUAUGCUGCCCAUGACAUUCACAGAAAUUCCUCAGGACUGAGGAGGACUUCGUCAUUCACAGUUUGUCUCAUUCUUGCGAGAACCAUCUUCACACCUUCCGGUCCCCUCGGGUGCAAAGUGCAGUGUUACAGCGUUCCCUGGUGGGGUUUCUCACGGCAUGCAUUCAGAUCCCAUCUCAAAACCAGAAAUCAAUCAUUUUGAACAUGUGCAGGCAAAAAGCUGUACCUGUCAUUUUUGACAUAACUUUUCACUAGCAAAACAAAACAAACAUCCAAAGAGAGAAGAAAGAUCACCAGAGAUUUUAAACCCCUUUUUUGGUUGGUAGUUUAUUUUAUUCUUUGCUUCUGCUAUCUAGGGGACUAUAAUGUACCAAAGGGAUAUAUGUUCUGAAGGACCUCUUUUGCACUUUGACUGGUAUUUACGGUUGUCAGAGCUGUCUUUUAUGGUUCUGGAAAGAUCCAAAGCCAAAAAAUCCUGUAGUUAGGAUGUGUUGAAGUUUACAUUUUAUGCAUCGAAAUUUAGAUACACCUAUCCCAGCUUUAAGUUAAAUAUUCAUAUUUGCACAAGUUCUGCGUUCUGGUGUCUUGAGUAGCUUUCGAAUUUUGUAGAAAGACCUAUUCCGGGAAAGGUAUUCUUCAGUUAUGUUGUGCCUCUUCCUAGGGUUUUUCUUUAAUGAUACAUGUGUACGUGUCUUUCUUUUAAACAUGUAAAAAGUGUGAUCACUUCUUUUAAAGCCCAGGGCCAGUUGUUGCAUGCAGUGUCGAGUUUAUGCUUGGAGUAUUUUAUAUGCUGGACCAGCGAAGACAAUGGUUUGAAAUUGCUGCCUUUUGAAUCAUGGAUUGUGAGUUUUCCUGUCAAGUUGGCAUAUUAGGUGCAUGUUUUUUCAUUAUUGGUUUACAAUAAACAGCAACUAUAUUAUAUGUAAAUUUCUCUUUUAAAUAGGUUUGUGUGUCAUGUCAAGAUCAUAGUUUAUGCCAGUGGUAUCACUCGAUGUAGCAGUUUAUAUGACAAACCAAUUGUACUUUAUUCAAAGGUACCUGCAAAUUAUAACUCUUCUAAUGUCCAAUUUGCUGAAUAUAUGAUGGGUGAUUUAUAAUUCCCUCACGAAAAUGCCCAUAUAUUUGAUAGUUCACUUAAUGCGUCUACGACAAUAACAACACCACAAUGAGAUCGAAGUACAUUUCUUUUGCGUGCUGAUCCUGUGGUUUGAAGACAGAAUUCAGAGAUAAAAUGGUUGAUUGAUGAUGCCCCUCUGCACAGAACAUUUUAAUUUUAUGGUAUUAAACUAGGGAUUUUAAUCCUUUAAGACAAAAUGAGUUCUAUAGAUUCAAACAUACAGUUAUGGUCUUUUAAUGUCUUAAUCACUGUACAAUGAAUGCUCCAUUCGUAUAUGUAUUUGUACAUGGAACUGCACUGUAUUAAUUUUAUUGGGCUAUAAAUGUGUGUUACUAUAAAACAUAGCAGCAAUUUCCCUUUACGUCUUCAAAAUUUAAUUACAUCGUAAAUGUACUUACAAUGUAAAUGUACUUGUGUUAAUUCCACAUUAAAAAUAUUCAACCUUCAAUUUCUUCAUGCAUUUUUUUCAGUUUAGUAUCAAUUAUACAUUGACAUCUCCUUUCCUCUCACUUAUUACUGACACCCUAAAGGCACCAAUAAGUAUUUUGAGUUAAAUAUUUACCUUCAGGUUUGUCAUAACGUCAUCAUAAAUAAAACAAUGACAUUGAGCUCAAUGAUAGCCAGAUGCAACAGAACAGAGGAGAGAAACCAGAAACGGAGUCUUACAUACACGGAAUGUGCU